AAGGCUCAGGUAAGAACUGUUUCCAGAGCAUGGGUCCUCUGCCAGUCCUGAGAAGAUGCCACAGCACAGGAAGGAGGAGGUACACGUGACUGUCACCACUGGGCAGUAGCCCUCAAGGGAGUGGUGGCCAUGCCAAGAUCAUUGGCCAUUAAAACUUAGUAGUCUGUAUGAUGCCAAGAGGACAUCAUUGUGCACGUGACUCAUUCAUUCCGGCUGCAAUCAUAUCUUAGUCCCGCCUCACCAGCUCAGCUCUUCUGUGGAAAGUGGCAUUAAGUCUCCCUUCUUGUGUUACUCCUGGAUUGUUUCCAGUAGAGCUAAGAACUGGCAGAACAACAGCCAGCAGGGGUCAGCCCUGUAGCCUCCAUGAGCAGGAAGAAAGGGGAGUCGUCAUUACAGGUUCUGUGGAGUCCUUUCAGGGGAAGCUGUAGUGGUCUUGGGUUUCCACUGAGUUGUAUGCACUAAGAGCAGCUUCAUACUUCCACAUCUGCAGCACAGCAGUGCCUACCCUCAACUGUGCUGGAACACUUCUCAGUGCAGGAACACAUGCCGUUCCUAAAAAGCAGGGCAGCUGGGGAAACAUGGAAACCCAUCAAACUUGCAAUUCACUUCCAGUCAUUUACACUUCAAUUAAGUGUUCAAAAAUAGAAACUGAAAAAGAGCAGUCUCUGCCCACCCUCACAUUUUGGGAAAUACUAUCUAGGACAGAUAAUGAAACUAUGCAAAUUACCCCCCAAAAAGAACAUGCACAAAACAGUCUCUCUCUCUCUCUCUCUCUCUCUCACACACACACACACACACACACACACACACACACACACACACACACACGGGCGCGCGUUCGCGCUUUUAAAACAUUUCAGACAAAUCUUCUGACAGUUCAGGGUAAAAAUGUAGCCAUUUAGGCCAAGGAAAUCCUUUGCCAUUGGGGUUUGAAGAGAGCUCUUCUUUGCAUGGUAGCCAUCAACGUCCUGAGCUAAAGUAACAAACAUGGUCCUCAGAUUCCACUCACAGUUUGGGGCAUGUCACCUCCUUUAGCUCAGUAGAUAGGACUGGCCUCUUUCUUCCUAACAAGGGUGACCAGAGGAGCCACACUGACACUCUAAUACGUAACAGCUAAUAUCCACUGUCAUCCUGCUAGGGAGAAAGGCUGCCAGCCCAGGAAGGGCUGUUGUAGCUAAUUACCUCCAAUGAAAACACCUUGGGAAAAGCCAAGAGCCCUGUGCUCAACACUAUCAGCUCAGAGGAAAAGAAAUCCCUUUUAAGGAAAACUUGUAACUUCAAUGGGCUGCUCUUCUGCCAGGACUCUCAGGCCCUCUGAACAUAAGCCGAACCACAGAUGGCUUCGAGUAAGUCUGGAUCCUGACACCCGCCCUCCCCACCCCGAGCUUCAGCACCAGUUGUUGGCCAAAAAUAAACACCAUUCCUCAACCAUAUAUGUCCGCUAGUCCUGAUCUGGGGAGGAGGCAGGAGGCAGGUCAGAACCCUUGCUGGGCACUCACGGGAGGCCACUGCUCACCAUGCACAUAACCCAGCUCAAUCGGGAGUGUCUGCUGUGCCUCUUCUCAUUCCUGGACAAGGAUAGCCGGAAGAGCCUCUCCAGGACUUGUUCCCAGCUCCGAGAUGUGUUUGAGGAUCCCACCCUCUGGCCCCUGCUGCACUUCCAUUCCCUCGCAGAGCUCAAGAAAGACAACUUCCGGCUGAGCCCUGCGCUGCGCAGUCUGUCCAUCUGUUGGCAUUCCAGCCGUGUGCAGGUGUGCAGCAUCGAGGACUGGCUCAAGAGCGCCCUCCAGAGGAGCAUCUGCAGCCAGCAUGAGAGCCUGGUUAAUGAUUUCCUCCUGCAGGUGUGCAACAGGUGCCCCAACCUGACAUCCGUCACGCUUUCAGGCUGCGGCCACGUCACGGAUGACUGCCUGGCACGCUUGCUGCUCAGCUGCCCGCGCCUGCGCACGCUGCGCCUCGAGAACUGUGCGCGCGUUACCAACCGCACGCUGGCGGCCGUGGCCGCGCACGGGCGCGCGCUGCAAACUCUACACGUCGACUUCUGCCGCAACGUGAGCGCCGCGGGCCUGCUCCGCCUGCGCGCCGCCUGCCCGGACCUCCUCCUGAGCGCGGAACACAGCGCGGCCAUGAUCCCCGAUCAGCCGCCGCGCGCGCGCGCGUGCGCGCCCUCACUUUUCUCGGCCGCACCAGGGAGACAAAGCGUUCCUCACCCCACGGGUUCCUACUGAGGAGGCGCGCGCUAUUAAACGAGAGGAUGCGUGCAGGGCCACUUGGUGUUUCUCUUUAAACGUCUGCCUCGGCCCCGCGGCUUCGGUCGCGCGGGCUCGCGCGCGCUUACUCGCCCUAGCGGCGGGGCUGCGCACUAGGCCGGCGAAGAGACUGCGGAGGACCUCCCUAGCUGCUCAUUGCCGGACCGUGCAAGAUGCACAAGCCAUUCUAGAAAACUCACUCCCGUCUCUGCAUGACUGAUAGUUACCAAUAUUUCUCCUGUUUCUCACAAGGGAAAAACGCAUCACUUUUUCAAAGCCAAUAUUUAAAGAUAAAAAUAGAAGUCCUAGUUAAAAGUGCUUAGAUAUGGAACCAUUAUUAG